AUGAAGCUCUUUGAAUCAGAUCAUUACUUUAAUUAUCCAUGGGAACAAGUAACAGCCGCUAAUUGGCAAAAGUAUCCCAAUGAAUUAUCAACUCAUGUCAUUUCAGUAGAUAUCUUACUGAGAUCAAUAGACCCAAAAACUCAAGUUCUUCGGUCAGAGAGAUUAAUCGGUUGCAAACAAUCAAUACCAAGUUGGUUACAAUUUAUAGUUGGUGGAGCCAGUGUCAGUUAUGUUCGAGAGGUUAGUGAAGUUGAUUUAGUGAAUAAAACAUUGGUUAUGAAAUCAUCCAAUUUGACGAUGAAUCAUUUAUUAUUGGUGAAUGAAACUGUUGUAUAUAAGCCAGAUCCUGAAUUGCCUACACAAGGAACUUUAUUUAAACAAAGCGCCGAAAUCACGGCAUUUGCUUCCAUUAGUAGAUUAUGUGAUAAGAUUGAAGAUUGGUCAGUUGAAAGAUUUGGUCAAAAUGCAAAAAUUGGUAAACAGGCAUUUGAAGGUGUUUUGCAAGUAUUAAAUGAAAAAUGGCAAGAGAAUGGAGUUUUUGAAACUAAGAAUAAUGUUGUUUCUGAAGUUCAAAGAUUAAUGCAAUAG